UCCUCAACGGCAUGAAUGUUUGAAUUAAAGACUGACGUUUUAAAGAAGCAAUAACAGUCAAAGGAAAUGCUUGAAAGUUCACCAAAGAUCAAAAUGAAAUAGAAUACCUAAAGUUAGCUUCUGACUGAAAUCUCAACAGUUUUGGUGGGAUAGACUUCAAUAACCGAUUGAAAACAUUGUAAACUAGCGGAUUCUCAACUAACGAAAGAUUUUCAGAGAGCAUUCUUAAUCAAAUGUUAUCAAGUGAUCAAGUUCAUGGGCCAUUUAAUGGAACUCCCUCGUAAAAAAUCAGAUCAACCUCUUUGGCGAAAGAUCCGCCUGGCAUAAAAACUUGUUUAAUUCUCUUAAUUAUUGUUUAGGGUUGGAAUGAUGUAGGUUUCCACGGAAGUAAUCAGAUACCUACUCCGAAUAUCGACGCACUAGCGUACAACGGUAUCAUUUUAAAUAGCCAUUAUGUUCAAUCCAUGGGAACACCUUCUAGGGCAGCAUUGUUCACUGGGAAGUAUCCUACUAGGCUUGGGAUGCAGGGGCCUUCUAUAGAAGUAUCCGAGAAGAGGACAUUGCCAGAAGGAAAAAUUUUACCGCAAUAUUUCAAGGAGAUGGGCUAUUCCACCUACCUAAUAGGAAAAUGGGAUUUGGGCUAUUCCAGUUGGAACGCAACCCCCACUCAAAGAGGUUUUGAUCACCACUUCGGCUAUUUUAACGAAUUCACCAGCUACUACGAUUAUCUCUCUACUUGGAAGAUGAAAGACAAAGAAUACACUGGUUUCGACCUACGACGAGACAAAGCACCCUCCUGGGAGAGCGUAGGCGGAUACGCCACUGACGUCUUCACGGAAUACGCGGUGAAUACCAUCCAGAACCACGAACCAAGCACGCCACUGUUCAUGAUGGUUUCCCAUUUGGCUGUGCAUAGCGGAAAUGAGGGAAAACCGUUGGAAGCCCCCCAAGACGCCAUCAACAAACUCAAACAUAUCGUGGAUGCCAAUAGGAGGACUUACGCCGCCAUGGUAACCAAACUGGACGAAAGCGUCGGCACAGUAAUCCAAGCCUUGGCCGCCAAAGGGAUGUUGCAGAACACAGUCGUGGCCUUCAUCUCGGACAACGGCGCCCCCUCAAUAGGCCACUUCAGGAACUGGGGUUCCAACUACCCCCUUCGCGGCAUUAAGGACACCCUCUUCGAAGGGGGCGUCAGGAGCGUAGCCUGCGUCUGGAGUCCAUUACUGGUACAAUCGGGCAGGGUGUCCAGAGACCUGAUGCACAUCACCGACUGGCUUCCUACCCUUUUUACGGCCGCCGGGGGGGAUUCGUCCCUGUUGGAUUUGGACAUUGACGGUAUCGACCAAUGGGCCAGUCUUGUCUACGACCUGCCGUCCGCCAGAAGCGAUGUUUUGUUGAAUAUAGACGAGAAGACUAGGAACGCCGCUCUGAGAUUGUCAAACUGGAAGCUUAUAGUUGGCAGCAGCAACAACGGCUCCUACAACGGCUACUUGGGCGAGCCGGUCCUGGAGAACAUCCAGGAACCUCAGUACGACCUGAACGCCGUGUACGAGAGUCCUGCUGGCCAGAGCGUGAGGAAGGCCUCCUACACGCCCCUCGACGUCGAGGAGUACGCGAGGAUCAAGAACAGGGCCACCGUGAAGUGUGCACCGAACGGCGAAAAGAACCCCUGCGAUCCAUCCAGUAAUCCCGUCUGUCUGUACGACAUACCGAGCGAUCCGUGCGAAGAGAACGACCUAGCCAAGUACUUCCCCAGCGUGGUGAGACGGCUUAAGCGCUCCCUGGUGGAGUAUCGCAAGGACCUGAAGCCGCAGCUAGAACAGGAGUUCGACAUUGAGAAGGCAGAUCCCAAACUUUUCAAAUAUACUUGGAAUCCCUGGAUCGGCUGUGCAGACGUGGAGUGCACUUCUUAAUUGCUUAAAUUAUUUAAAUGCGACGGUACUUGAACAGAACCUUGUUAGAUCUCAUGACUGCUGUUAGACGCGUGGCGGAGGUCACGUGUGACUUGUAUUUAUUGAUGUUUGAAUUAAAGUGGAUAAGAUAU